GACACAUUUUAAAGUAGUGGAUUGUCUUGAUUUUAACAAAGAGAAGAUUAAAGCAAUUGUGUUUUUUUACAAAAACCUUCCACACAAUGAUUAUGGGCAAAAGAGAAAGAGGGGAUUGAAAAGAAUUCAUUAGAUCAUGUUAAAGCACACAUCUCUGACAUCAGCUCAAUGUCACGGUCAGUGAUAACAGGGCCUUUGGACUUGGACUAGAAUUGGUCAUCGGCUGCAGGUAUAAGUGAAUGCUAAAUAUUUUAAUCUGUGGGAUUGAAGAUGGCGCAGCAUGAAAACCUGUCUGUGGUGCUCUAUGAAAAGAACGAUCUGAGACUGGAAAAGCGACCAGUUCCAGAACCAGGCCCUAAUGAAGUCUUGCUGAAGAUGCAUUCAGUUGGGAUCUGUGGCUCUGAUGUCCAUUUUUGGCAACAUGGAAGAAUUGGAGAUUUUGUUAUGAGAAAACCAAUGGUUCUGGGGCACGAGGCCUCGGGAACUGUGUUUAAAGUGGGACUUGGAGUAAAACAUCUUAAACCAGGUGACAGAGUUGCCAUUGAACCAGGGAUCCCCAGGGAAAAUGAUGAGUAUUGCAGAACUGGACGUUACAACCUCUCCCCAACAAUAUUCUUCUCUGCUACUCCACCUGAUGAUGGACACCUUUGCCAAUACAACACACACAGUGCCAAUUAUUGUUACAAGCUCCCAGAAUCUGUGAGCUUUGAGGAAGGUGCCUUGAUUGAACCUCUUUCUGUUGCAAUUCAUGCCUGUCGCAGAGGGGGAGUAACAAUUGGUAGCAAGGUCUUCAUUUUAGGAGCAGGGACAGUUGGGCUUGUGAAUCUGCUAGUUUCCAAGGCCAUGGGAGCAUCUCAGGUUUUAAUCUGUGAUCUGUCAGUAAGUCGGUUGAACAAGGCAAAGCAAAUGGGAGCUACUUUCACCAUUGCUGUUGAGAAAAACAUGAGUGGCAAAGAACUGGGCCAAAAAGUGAGAGAUGCACUUGGUGGAGCUAUGCCUGACAUAUCUAUUGAGUGCACUGGGGCAGAGUUAUGUAUUCAAGCAGGUGUCCAUGCAACAAAGUCUGGAGGGGUUUUGGUUCUGGUUGGUCUGGGUGAACCUUCAGCAAACAUCCCAGUAUUAGAAGUGGGAAUUCGGGAAGUAGAUAUUCGGGGAGUUUUCAGAUAUUGCAACACGUGGCCUGUGGCAAUUGACAUGUUGGCUUCAAAGAGGAUUGAUGUGAAGCCUCUGGUCACACAUCGCUUUCCCUUGGAAGAAGCUGUCAAAGCUUUUGAAACAACAAAGGAAGGCGUGGGAAUCAAAGUAAUGUUGAAGUGUGAUUCCAGCAACCAGAAUCCCUGAGAAUUUUUUUUUGUGCAUUUGCUUACAGUUGUUAUCACUAGGUAGCAACCAAUGACAGGUUUGACUUUAGAUAAUUUACAAAGGUAAUUUCCUGGAUAAUUUUGCACAUACAAAUCAUCCUGUUAAUCCAGUUUUAGUUAUUUUUGGUUAGUAUCAUAAAAAUUACAUGCAAAGUAAGUCUGGGGUCUCAGUUUAGAUGCUGUAGUAAUCAUUAAAUAAUGUACCAAACUCCUCUUCCUAAGCAGUCCCUUGGGAUCAAGAAUGAAUUGCUGGCUCUACAGUUCUGGCUAAUGAGUCAAUGCAGGAAUGGCAGACUGGGGCAGAUGAAGUUUGAUGGUUUGGGUGAGUGGGUUGUUUGGAUUGUUGUGUGCUGCUUCUGUUGUUUGCACUUUGCCUCCACAUGGACCCACUGGAGAGACACAAAGUGCUUGGUGUCUUCCUGGAUGCUUCUCCAUCAUUUUGAGAGGCCUUUGGCCAAGGAUUCCCAUGAAGAAGUGAGAAUGUUAUUAUUUUUCAAGCAAGCAUUGCAAAAACGUCCUUGAAGCAUUUUCUCUGUUGUGAUAGAACUGAGUGCUUGUUUUGAGUAUCUGGUGUCAGGCAUGUGGAUAGUGUCACCCACUCACUGGAGCUGGUUGAGCAUGAUCAGAACCUUUCAUGCUGGAGGUGUUGGCUUGACAGAAGCCACUGACGUUGGUUCACCCAUCCUGCCAGUGCAUUUGAAGGUUUUAUGGAGGUAACAUUGUGGUAUUUAUCCAGUGCUUUGAGUCCAAUGUAAACAGGAGAAUAGGGAUCAUUGCUACUCAGUAGACCAUAACGUUCAUGCCAGGUUUAAGGACUUGAUCUUCAAACACUCUUUGUAAUGGGUGACCAAAUGCACCAAUUCACUAAUGAAUGACAGCUUAGAUUGAGGGACAGGACAACCACUUAAUAGUGGGAACAGAGAUCUUUAAAAGUAAUGUGAAUGGAGUUCAGUGCUUGUACAUGCCAAGUGGCCCCACAACUUGAAAUUUGUUUUCAUUUUUUUUCUAGCCCUUGAAUCAGGCUCCUGUGUGCAAAUAUCAAUCAUCUUAACAUUAAUAAUUUAUAACAUGAUGCAGCAA